AAGUGUAUGAGGCCAUAACUUCUGGAUCGAGUUUCGCUGUUUGUUUUUCAGGAUCAACCUCUAAAACUACAAAAGCAAACAGAAUUUUUUAUUUUUUUUUUGGUUAAAAAAAGGGUUUUUAUGGACAGGAUGAUCUUCAGUGAUAUGGCCUUUUCAUUGUCACUUUGUUGAGAUGCACGAUAUUGAACUCAAAUGUGAGUACUUUGAAAGCAAAUGAGUUGUCUUAUGAUCUGUCAUUCAUAUUUCAGCAGCACUGAACCUUACCAAACAUCAAAUACCAGCCAGUUUGCUUUCUGAAUACUUGUCGGCACUGAAAGUACUAUCAGCGUUGCUCAAUUGCUUUCAUAAGGACCACUUGAUCUCCGGUUCCUGCAACAGGUAAAGAAUGUUGAUAAGGAAGAUGUCAAUGAUUGUGAUAAUAAUUUGUGGAGCUGCAGGGGCGCUUGUGUUCGUGGCUGUAAUCGUAGGAUUCAUUUGGUUUUAUAAAUCAUGUAAGAACUUCUCGAAAAGAAAUUCCGAGACAGGCUCCUCGGAUCCUUCUGCAUUAAUGGAGUGGAAUAAAGGAGCUGGACUUAGUUCAUCAGCUGGACCACAAGGAGCAAGGCAGUUCAGACUGGAAGAGUUGGAACAAGCUACCAAGCAAUUUGCCGAUAGUAAUCUCAUCGGAUUCGGAAGCUUCGGUCCAGUUUAUAAAGGUUGGAUUCGUGACAAUGUUGUGGUUAUAAAAAGACAUCAAGGUGCUCCAAGAGAGGAGUUCAAUGCAGGGGCAAUCUAUCUGUCAGAGAUUCGGCAUCGAAAUUUGGUAACUCUUCUAGGCUACUGUCAAGAAAGAGGAUCUCAAAUAUUGGUUUAUGAAUGUAUACCUAAUGGAAGCAUGUGCAAUCAUCUAUACGAUACUGGACGAGAGGCUCCGACCAGACUAGAGUUCAAGCAGAGGUUAUCAAUAGCUCUGGGGGCUGCUAGAGGUUUAUGCCAUUUGCAUAGCCUGAUACCUCCUUUGAUACAUAAGAAUUUCAAAACGGCCAAUGUCUUGGUUGACGAGAACUUCACCGCUAAGGUUGCAGAUGCAGGGAUCACAAUGUUACUAGAAAAGAUAGAAGAAGCAGGUCCAUCUCAAGGUUCUAGGAUCAAUGUUUUCCGAGAUCCAGAGGUGGAAGCAUUGGGAAGCCUCACAGAAAUGAGUGAUGUCUACAGCUUCGGGGUGUUUCUUAUGGAGCUCAUAACUGGAAGGGAUGAGGCUGUGCACAUCGAUUACCUACGAUCCAAUGACAGCUUAAUUCAGUUGGUACAAUCACAGCUGAGUUCCAAUGAAUUGGUGGAUCGUCGACUUGCUGGAAGCUUUACCAUGGAUGGCAUUAAGGAUGUGAUCAAGCUGACACUAAAAUGCAUGUGUUUUCCUGGAAAACGGAGGCUGAAUAUGAAUAUGAUUGUGGAGGAGCUCGAAAGGAUCAAUGAAAAAGAGAUGGAACUGACUACAGUCACGGGUGAAGGUACUUCAAAAAUUACUCUAGGCAGUGAGCUAUUUGCUUCAAAAUAAAGAGGGGAUUCCAGUGGAGUCUGUUAAACUAUGGCCAAGCUUAGGCUUACAAAGUAAUUAGGAAAAAAGAAGAAAACAUGAACAGUUUAUAAGGAAACAAAAAGGGGGUAGCUGGGUAUGGGUACUGAUAGUGAAGCUACUGUAAAGGAAUGGAAAUGUACAUUAUGGAUUUGAUUUUCCAAAUGAUGCAUAACAUGAUCAGUGAUAUUAAUAUCUCAAGAAAUUAUGAACUUUCU